AUGGAUAAAAUUGUUAAAUUAUUUAAAGGUACAAUUAUUCAUUCAGUAGAACUUGAAAAAGUAGAAAUUUUAACCAAUUCAUUGGUUGGUAUUGGUAAAGAGGGUAUUAUUGUUUAUUUAAAAUCAGCAUUUGAAGAUUUAAAUCAAUUAGAGGAUCAAGUUAAAAAGUUAUCAGUAGAACAUGAAAUUCCAAAUGAAUGCAUAGUUGAUAUGGGUAACAAGUUUUUAAUUCCAGGUUUUAUUGAUACACAUGCACAUGCACCACAAUAUCAUAAUGCAGGUACAGGUACAGAUUUACCAUUAUUAAAAUGGUUAGAGAAAUAUACAUUCCCAGUAGAAAGUAAAUUUAAGGAUUUAAAGUUUGCAGAAAAUGUUUAUAGUAAAGUCGUCAAUCGUAUGCUCAAAAAUGGUACUACAACUUGCUGUUAUUAUGCCACCAUUCAUGUCGAAGCAAGUGAAUUAUUAGCAAAUAUUGCUGGUGAACGUGGUCAACGUGCUUUUAUUGGUAAAGUUUGUAUGGAUCGUCACUCACCAGAUCACUAUAUCGAAACUACUGAAGACUCAUUAAAUGAUACCAAAGAAUUUGUCGAAAGAAUCCUCUCAAAGGGCAACCCAUUGAUCCAACCAAUUAUUACUCCAAGAUUUGCUCCAUCAUGCACCAACUUAUUAAUGGAGGGUUUAGGUAAAUUAGCUAAUGAAAAAAAAACACUUAUUCAAUCACAUCUCUCAGAAAAUAAAGAUGAAAUCGAAUGGGUCAAAUCAUUAUAUCCAGGUAUCGAAAGUUACACUCACGUUUACAAACAUUUUGACCUCUUAAACGAACGUACCAUUAUGGCCCAUUGUGUUCAUUUAUCAGAAGAAGAAUUACAUUUAAUUAGCGAACAACAAACAUCAAUUAGUCAUUGUCCAAUCAGUAACUUUACUCUUAGUAGUGGUAAUUUAGAUGUACGUAAAGUUUUGAAAAAGAAUAUCAAGUUAGGUUUAGGUACUGAUUUAUCAGGUGGUUACCAUCCAUCCAUCCUUCAAGUUAUGCGUGAUUCAAUCAAAUGUUCAAACUCUCACUUUUUCAUCGAUGGCGAACACAAACCAUUGACCUUUGAAGAAGCCUUUUAUUUAGCUACAGUUGGUGGUAGUAGAGUUGUUAAUAUGGAAGAUCGUAUUGGUAACUUCCAAGUUGGUAAAGAUUUCGAUGCCCAAAUUAUUGAUCCAUUCGCUCCAAAUACUCCAAUCGACGUUUUUGAAAACGAUACAAUUAAAGAUAUUUUCCAAAAAUUCAUUUAUUUGGGUGAUGAUAGAAAUUUAUCAUCAUUAUAUAUCAAAGGUAAAAAAAUUAAUUUUUAA